AUGCCGGGAUCAAAAUAUGCCAUUAAAGAUCCUUUCUCCUACCAUACCGGCCUCAAUUCAUACCAUGAGUACGCCCCCCCAGCUCAACAACCUAUGGCUUUUCUAACAUGGGCGACCAGAUCAACAGCCAUCGAAGACGCCCUACCCCGCCCGCAAAGUCUCCCCCAACGGCACGGCUUAGGCCUCUACCCUGAACGUAUCAGCGGCACAUCCUUCACCGCAAAGCGCGCCGUGAACAAACAGACAUUCCUCUACCGCAUCCUCCCAUCGACUGCACAGUCCUCGUGGAACAGGCUCUCGGACCAUCCGCUGAACCAUCGCUCGCAUUCAGCAGAGCUCAACUUUGUACCAGACCAACUCAUAUGGCCUCCUGCCCAAGUACAGGAGGACAAGACAUUCCUUGAUGGACUACAGAUGAUAGGAGGUGCAGGGGACCCAACGGUCAAAAAUGGCGUGGCGUAUUAUGUCUACACCUGUGGUCUCAGCAUGGACGAGAAACAGGCCUUCUACUCCGCAGAUGGGGACAUGCUUAUCGUUGCCCAGACGGGGAUCCUUGAUAUCCAGACCGAAAUGGGUGAUAUACGAGUGCGCCCCCGUGAGAUCUGUGUUGUUCCCAGGGGUAUCAGAUUCCGAGUUUCUUUGCCCAAGGGGCCGUCUAGGGGUCAUGUUAUUGAGGCGUACUCCGGGCAUUUCGACCUCCCUGAGCUAGGGCCUAUCGGGUCUCUGGGCCUGGCAAAUGUGAGGGAUUUCGAGAUUCCACGCGCGAGAUACGUAGAUACGGAAGAGAUUACAGAGGUCAUCGCAAAGUUUGGAGGUGGGGUCUACAGCGCAGAGAUGAAGGGGAGUGCGUUUAAUGCUGUUGCAUGGCAUGGGACGUAUUAUCCAUUCAAAUAUGACCUAGGAAAAUUCAUGCCUAUGGGCUCAACGCUCUACGACCACCAGGACCCAUCAAUCUACGUAGUCCUCACCUGCCCCUCCGACAAGCCCGAUCAUGCAGCCGUCGACUUCCUUGUCCUCGGGCCCCGCUGGAUGGUUAUGGAAGACACAUUCCAAAUCCCGUAUUUCCAUCGCAACACCAUGUCCGAAUUUUCCUCCGUAAUCAGCGGGGGAUUUGACCUCUCGCGCGUGCCGACGCCGAUGUACGGAAUGAGCGGGCUGCACAACGUCCUCAGUCCGCAUGGGCUGUCGGCGCCGGAGACAGAAAAUGCAAUAAAGAAGGUGCUGAGGCCGGAGCGAGUGCCGGAUGAUACGAUGGCAUUCUUGGUGGAAAGUUGCUACCCUAUCGGUUUGACAGAGUGGGCGUAUGAAAAUGGGAUUAGGGUUAAUGGUGGUGAUGACUUUGGUGGGUUUAAGAGGCGGUUUAAGUCCAAGAUUUAG